CUUCAAAAUUACAUUGUUAUUGUCUGAUACCCUGAGGAUACUUUUAUUGAACAAGGACAUGGUUUUCGCUUCAUUCCGAAGAUUCUUGAGUAUGAGGCACCAAAGCUCCAAGGUUCAGGCUUUGUACGAUCAUUGCAUUAACAUCUUCUCACCAUCUGGAACACCCCCUCCUUCUUCCCAAGCUUUGCAGAAGCUCUCUUCAAUUCUGGACACUGUUCAACCAGCCGAUGUAGGGCUUAUAGAGGAAACUGCAGAUGAUGAUCGAGGGCAUGGAUUUUUUGGUGUUAACCAAUUAAAUAGAGUAGCUCGAUGGGCUCAACCAAUAACAUAUAUGGACAUUCAUGAAUGUGAUUGUUUUACGAUGUGUAUGUUCUGUUUUCCGACUUCUUCGGUUAUUCCACUCCAUGACCAUCCUGAGAUGACUGUAUUUAGCAAAGUUCUCUAUGGCUCUUUGCAUGUGAAAGCUUAUGAUUGGGUUGAACCACCCUGCAUUGUAGAAAGCAAGGGACCUAAAUAUGCUCAAGUAAGACUAGCAAAGUUAGCAGUUGAUAAGGUUUUGAAUGCACCAUGUGAGACAUCAGUUUUAUAUCCAAAGCAUGGUGGAAAUCUGCACUGUUUCACAGCAGUAACACCUUGUGCUGUGCUGGACAUUCUCUCUCCACCUUACAAAGAAUAUGAAGGAAGGAAGUGUACUUACUAUCACGAUUAUCCUUAUUCAACAUUCUCAGCAGGAGAUGGACCUAUAUGUGAUGGGGAAGAGGAGGGAUAUGCCUGGCUUGCGGAGAUAGAAACACCUAGUGAUCUUUAUAUGCGCCAAGGGGUAUAUGCUGGCCCACCUAUUCGGCUUUAGCUCUGUUGCUUUCAUUUAAAAGCAAUUGGCAUGUUUGCUGUUGUGAAGGGUAGAUGAUAUUAAUGCCUGAAAACAUUGUCUCCCCAUUUUGCACCUGGAGGCUAGUGACAAGAGUAUCCAAAAUGCUGCUGCAUGGAAUGUUCUGCUUGGUUUAUGCCUCCUUUCGCUGGAUACAUACUUUGGGCAAAGUUUUGAGUACAUAAAAUCUGCAUUAUCCCAUUACCUUUUGAUGAUAAAUAUUAGUUACUAGAGUAGUCAUUGUGCUUCAUUUUAUAUUCUCUCACCGAGUGUUUUAAAACUUGGUGGGGUCAUCGACUCGGUCGAGAUACUGGAUUACUGAGUCAGUGGUUCAACCGGUAGGU